AUGCAAUCGAUAAUAGCGUACACCCUUUGGUUUACAUAUACUUUAGCAGCUACUUCGUCGUUAUGUAAUCCUUUAUCUGCAACGAACUGUCCUGCUGAAACUGCUUUAGCUACUGAUAUAAGUCUUGACUUUAAAAGUGAAUCAAGUUAUUUUGAUAUAGCAAGUACUGAAUCCGGAGUUGAAUAUGGCGAUGAUGGUUUGUCAUUGACCUUGAGCAAGAGAUUUGAUAAUCCUUCUUUGAAAUCUGCUUUCUAUAUAAUGUUUGGAAGAGUUGAGGUGUCAUUAAAAGCUGGUAAAGGUCAAGGUAUAGUUUCAUCGUUUUACUUACAGAGUAAUGAUUUAGAUGAAAUUGAUAUAGAAUUGGUUGGUGGUGAUACUACUCAAUGGCAAUCAAACUAUUUCGUUAAAGGUAGUGUUGAAACUUACGAUAGAGGUGAAUUUCAUGAUACCUCUAGUGCUCCUCAAGAUGAUUAUCAUAACUAUACUAUCGACUGGACCAAUGAAAGGAUUAUUUGGUAUUUCGACGGUACAGCUGUGAGAACUUUAACCAAUGAUUCUUCUCAAGGUUUCCCUCAAAGUCCUAUGUAUUUAAUGACUGGUAUUUGGGCCGGUGGUGAUCCUUCAAAUGCUCCAGGUACUAUCGAAUGGGCUGGAGGAGAAACCGAUUAUUCUAAAGCUCCUUUUGCUAUGUAUAUCAAUAGCUUGAAGAUCUCCGAUUACUCCUCGGGUGAGUCAUAUUCUUAUGGUGAUCAAUCAGGUAAAUGGACUUCGAUCGAAGCAAAAAAUGGUAAAGUUUUAGGAAGAUUAAAUGAUGCCGAAAUUGACCCUGAGGUCAAUAGCGAUUCUUCAAGUAGUUCUGAAAGUUCAGACUCAAGUUCCAGCUCCAGUUCCAGUUCCAGUUCAAGUUCUAGUUCAAGUUCGGGUUCUAGUUUGAGUUCGAGUUCAAGCUCAAGCUCAAGCUCAAGUUCAAGUCUUUCAACCUCCAGUAUUUCUGGUUCCUCCGAUUCUAGCGCAGAAGUUUCGCUCUCCAGUUCAAGUGAUACCCCAGGGACUUCAAGCACAGAGGUUGAAGAACCGGCUACUUCGAGUCUGUCAAGAACAUCCUUAUCAAGUACAACAAGAGAAUCCGAAUCUUCUUCAAGCUCCAGGUCUGCCAGUAUUUCAGCUUCAGAAGAUUCCAGUGGAUCUAAAAAUUUCUCAUCUAUAUUAUCCUAUAUAGCUAUUCUUGUAUCGAUUCUUUCGUAA